AUGGCCGACGAUUCUACCCCCCUCGCUUCCCUCUCAGUCACCCAUGACCCCGAAGACCAUCUAUCGCUCGCAUGCGCCUAUCUCGCUCUCCUCCCCCAAGCUCUAUGUGUCGUCUACGCUACCCUAGUACUCUUCACCCGCGAGGUCGAAGUCGCCCUUAUGUUCCUGGGUCAGCUCGCCUGUGAAGUUCUGAACUUCGCUCUAAAACGUCUUAUCAAGGAAGAACGUCCUCGUCGCAUACAUGGUAAAGGUUACGGCAUGCCUAGCUCCCACGCACAAUUUGUCGCUUUUUGGAGUGUUUCCCUUGCGCUGUUCCUGCUUGUCCGCCAUAAUCCUCCGCGUGUGCUCAAGGGCCGCGCAAACAGCAGUGUGCAUCGACCUUGGAGUAUUGUUGAGAGAAUUGCGGUGAGCAUGGCUGGGGCGGCGAUUGCAGCCGCGACGGCAUGGAGUCGAGUAUAUCUCAACUACCACACCCCUAAGCAGGUUGUUGUAGGCUGCGCUGCUGGUGCUGUGAGUGCAGUUGGGUGGUUUAUUAUCGUUGCUGUCAUGCGACAGACGGGCUGGUUGGGCUGGGCUUUGGAGACUUCAUUGGCAAGGGCAUUCAGAGUUCGUGAUUUGGUAGUGGAAGAGGACAUGUGUCAGGCUGGCUGGGAAAAGUGGGAGGAGAGAAGGGUUACUUCUCAAACUAACAAAAACCGAUAG